ACAACCUUAUAUGUUGGGUGAAAUCAAUAACAGUCUCUCUCUCUCUCUGUCUCUCUGAAGCUUACACACCAUCUUCAAAACUUUCUCUUUCUCUGUAACCAAUUUCCAACCGUUGACAACCGAAACAAGAAUGGUGAAGCUCCCUUUCUCUGAGGACAGCCCAAAGUUCUUCAAAGUUUUCCUCCCCUACACCAGCUCCCACCAAAUGUCCAUACCGCAAGCUUUUACUAUGCACUUCAAUGGAGCCAUACCAAAGAAGGCAAUUCUCUUUGAUAAUACCAAGAAGCCUUGGCAUGUCACACUGGAGCAAACGGACGGGCGCUUGUGUUUUAACAAUGGCUGGCAAAGCUUUGCUAGUGAUCACUCUCUGCAAUUUGGAGACUUCCUGGUUUUCAAAUACAAUAGAAAUUCUACGUUUGAAGUGAAAAUAUUCAGUGGUAAAACUGGAUGCGAGAAGGGAGAAACUGUGGCUAUUAAUCAUAAUACUACUCCAUUUGUGGAUUUGGAAGAAGAAGAUUAUGAACCAGAGAAAACUUGUAAAGAACCCACUUGUGUUGGCAAGCGAAAGCAUUCAGAAAUAGGCCUCAUGAAAACUGAAGAGCCAGGCAGCUCCUCUAAAGCUUCAGAUCUGCAUGAAUUGCCAAGAGCUGUUGAAACAAAUCUAGAUGAACCAAAUAUCCCAAAAGUUGCUGGUCUGCAUGAAUUGCCAAGAGCUGUUGAAACAAAGCUUGAAGAACAGAAUAUCCCAGAAAUUGCAGGAUUUGUUGCACCAAAGAAUCCAUAUGUUGUUGUGGUGGCCUUUGCUAAACAUAUGCUGUACGGUGUGGCUUUGCGUCUAUCGAAGGUAAGGUCAUUUAAAAUUAGAUUCAAGGAAAUAACGGUGAUUCGUGAUCAAAACGGAAAUCCUUGGCCGAUGAAAGUCUAUUUCCAAGGUGAUGGCCGAAUCACCAUUGGAGCUGGAUGGUCUGAUUUCAGAAAGAAGAACAACUUACACGAAGGAGACCAAUGUGCAUUUGAUUUCAUCGUUGGAAGGGAUGAUUUAUGCAAUGAAAUUCAUGUGAAAAUUCUUUGUGGAAAUGCAUGAAUGGCGAACCUUUGUCAACUCUGGAAUUUGCAGAAGAACGCAUGAUAUGGCAAUGCAAUCCCCCAAAGAAACCUUGUUGUCUCUGUCCUCCGUUGUUUUUUUUUAUUGCUUUUUCCAUCUUUCUUUGAUAGGGUCUCAUAGGACUCAACAUCCACCUCAUCAUGGCAAUUCUUAUUUUCAAUUGUUAGCAUGUGUAGUGGGUAGUUUACUUAGAUUGUAGGUAGUUUUCUUUAGUAAAAGUAGUAACCAUUAAUGUAUUAAGUUUAUAUAUAUUUGUCAUUAGAAUAGAAAGAGUAGAGAAGAAAGUAUUUGUAUUGUGAUUAUUCUCACCCCAAGUGGAGAUUAUCAGUUUAUCUUUAUUGACUCUAACUGGGACCUAUCAUUCUUAACA